UUCAGUUGGAUGAUGUGUAGGGGUGUGUUGUGGUCUGCUUCUGAGAAUUGGCUGUGGAAGCAAGGUUAUCUGCUGCUGAUAAGGGCCACGUUUAAAAAGGUUGCGUUAAGAUGAGGUUAACCAACUACCAGCUGGAGAGAGCAGACCCAGGACAAACCAUGUUGCUGCUUGCGCUCACAGUGUGCCUCAUCAACAUGCUAUUUGCUGUUGGAGUGUUCUGCAUGCCGCUAUCAGACCAGGGGCCACACAUCACCCAUGGCUGGGGCCAGGUGGUCAGGAUCAGACAUCUGUAUGCUGUUAAGUCAGGACUGCACCUUUUGAUCAAUGAAGAAGGACAGAUUCACGGUUCUGUGGACCAAACGUCAAACAGUCUGCUGGAGAUCAGUCCAGUGGGUCCAGGAAGUGUGGUGAUUAGAGGAGCAGCAACCACACGGUUUCUCUGCAUGGAGAGAGAUGGCAGGCUGUACUCAUCGCACUCGUACAUCAGAGCCGACUGCACCUUCAGAGAGCAGAUCCUGGCAGAUGGCUACAACAUCUACGUCUCUGAUGGACAUGGAGCUCUUCUCAGUUUGGGAAACAACCAGCAAAGGCUGCACGGCUCAGACCGAGGCCAUCCUGCUCUGGCCCAGUUCCUCCCCAGGAUAAACACCCUUCAGCAGAACCUCUCAGCAGUACCUAAUGUCCCUGACCAGCUGGAUCACACAGAAGAACACAAAGAUGUGACGGACUCAUUUGGAAGGCUCUCUCAGAUCAUUCACAGCCCAAGCUUCCAGAAGAGAUGAGUCGGCAGAUCCAGAUUCGAAUGAUGGACAGGUGUUAGAGGUUCUACAGGCUCCUCUUUGCGUGUCCUAAAACCACAGACAGACCGGAGCACCGACAGGUGGAAAUGAUGUGUCUGAACAGAUUCUUAGACCCACUGAUGUCCUGAGUGAAGACGGACCCAGUACAGGGUGGGAAGCUCCAUCCCACCAACUUGAGAAGAACAUCUUCUGGACAAACGCAGGAGUUGGUCCCUGCUGCAUGGUGAUGUGGUUCUCAGAGGUCCGAUCCAAAGCUGCUACCGUGUCCAAACACCCGAUAGUCCUCCAGCUGAAGAGGAGAAAGAGCAGGUUUGGACUGUGAGGUUCCUUCUGCUCAGAGGGUUUUAGUCUGGAUGAUCUCGUAUUCAUGCUUCUGUGCGUGUACUUAAUAAAGUUAAUCCUAGAAAAAUGUUUUAGUUUUUAAAAUAAAGUUAUGAGAUUGAGAAAUUAGA